CACCGCCUCUUCUGCUCCUCCUCCUCCCGCUCCUCCUCCUCUUCCUCCUCCUCCUCCUCCCGCUCCUCCGCGCCGCCGCCGGCCCUGCUGCGCGCUCAGCUCCUCUCAGCUCCCGGGACCCGCAGCCAUGGCCGACAUCAAGACUGGCAUCUUCGCCAAGAACGUCCAGAAGCGACUCAACCGCGCGCAGGAAAAGGUCCUCCAGAAACUGGGGAAAGCUGAUGAGACAAAAGAUGAACAGUUUGAAGAGUAUGUGCAGAACUUCAAACGGCAGGAGGCAGAGGGUACCAGACUUCAGCGAGAACUCCGAGGAUAUUUAGCAGCAAUCAAAGGCAUGCAAGAAGCCUCAAUGAAGCUCACCGAGUCACUGCACGAAGUCUAUGAGCCAGAUUGGUAUGGGCGGGAAGAUGUCAAAAUGGUUGGAGAGAAAUGUGAUGUGCUAUGGGAAGACUUCCAUCAAAAACUAGUGGAUGGAUCCUUGCUGACCCUGGAUACCUACCUGGGCCAAUUUCCUGACAUAAAGAAUCGCAUUGCCAAGCGCAGCAGAAAGCUGGUGGACUAUGACAGUGCCCGCCACCACCUGGAAGCACUACAGAGCUCCAAAAGGAAGGAUGAGAGCCGGAUUUCUAAGGCAGAAGAGGAAUUUCAGAAAGCACAGAAAGUGUUUGAGGAGUUUAAUGUUGACUUACAAGAAGAGUUACCAUCAUUAUGGUCAAGACGAGUUGGAUUUUAUGUUAAUACUUUCAAAAACGUCUCCAGCCUUGAGGCCAAGUUUCAUAAGGAAAUUGCAGUGCUCUGCCACAAACUGUAUGAAGUGAUGACAAAACUGGGCGACCAGCAUGCUGACAAGGCCUUCACUAUCCAAGGAGCUCCCAGUGAUUCAGGUCCUCUCCGCAUUGCAAAAACACCGUCACCACCUGAGGAGCCUUCACCCCUGCCAAGUCCCACAGCCAGUCCCAAUCAUACACUAGCGCCUGCAUCUCCUGCACCUGCACGGCCCAGGUCACCUUCACAGACAAGGAAAGGACCUCCUGUCCCACCUCUGCCUAAAGUCACCCCAACGAAGGAGCUGCAGCAGGAGAACAUCAUCAACUUCUUCGAGGACAACUUUGUUCCAGAAAUCAGUGUGACAACACCUUCACAGAAUGAAGUUCCUGAGGUGAAGAAGGAGGAGACUUUGCUGGAUCUGGACUUUGACCCUUUCAAGCCUGAGGUAGCAUCUGCGGGUUCUGCUGGAGUGACCCACUCACCCAUGUCUCAGACAUUACCUUGGGAUUUAUGGACGACAAGCACAGAUUUGGUACAACCGGUUUCUGGUGGUUCAUUUAAUGGAUUUGCCCAGCCUCAGGACACUUCAUUAUUUGCAAUACAGACAGAUCAGAGUAUGAUUUGCAGUUUGGCUGAAUCUGAACAGGCUCUACCCUCAGAGCCAAAAGCAAAGGAGCCUCCUGCUGCUGCUGCACCUGCUGUUGGGCUGGACCUUGGACUGGAAACUAGGGCUGAGGAGCCUGUGGAGGAGGCAGUGAUCCCUGGAACUGAAGCUGACCUGGCCGUAGGAACCACCUUACCAGCCGAGGGAGCCCUGGUGGAGGAAGCUGAGGCAGAGAAGGCAGCUCUCCCUGCUGGAGAGGGAGGAAGUCUAGAGGAGGCCAAAAUUGAUACUGAAACCACAGAGGUUACAGACAAGGACAGACCUCUACCCACAGAGACGGAAGCAGCAGUGCCUCAGGAGAAGGUCAUCCCUUCUGUUGUCAUUGAGCCCGCCUCCAACAAUGAAGGGGAAGGAGAACAUGAAAUCACCCUGGGUGCAGAGACUAAGGAGGCCACUGAGGAUAUGGCUCCUCUGGGCCCCGUCGGCGAGACGCCAGAGCUGGUCACAGAGCAGAAGCCCCUGGAGGACUCUCAAGCUGCACCUCCUGCACCAGCGGGUGCUGCUGAUCAAUUCGCAUCCGCAGGCGAGGCCUCUCCAGAAGUGCCUCCUGGCUUUCUCUACAAGGUGGAAACACUACAUGAUUUUGAGGCAGCAAAUUCAGAUGAACUUACUCUACAAAGGGGCGAUGUGGUACUGGUGGUCCCCUCAGAUUCAGAAGCUGACCAGGAUGCUGGCUGGCUGGUGGGAGUGAAGGAGUCAGACUGGCUGCAGUACAGAGACCUGGCCACCUACAAAGGCCUCUUUCCAGAGAACUUCACCCGACGCCUGGAGUAGGGCUGCGAGUAUUGCUGAAAGAGCUCAAUGACUGGGUUUUUAAACCUUUGCAAAAUCCCGAGGAAUUCACUUUUGCUAUUACACUCUUAAUGAUUUACAGACUGACGCCAGACAAAGCUGGGGAAGACCUGUCAGUAGAGCAUGUGUGCAAAAGGUAUAAGAGGAAAACAAAAGCGAAUUAAGGGAAAAAACCCUCACUCUGUUCCCAUGUGGUCAAUAACAGGUUUGUUUGUGCUUUGUCCCAACUGUGGACACUCUUGUACUUGAUUCCCCUCCCAACAGUUCUAAAGUAGCUUUCUCCAGACCAGACCUUAAUUUCUCUGCACCAAGUGUAUGGUAUCAAGUGGCUGCCCUGCAGAAGAUGUGAUGAAUUGUCCUGUAGUACAAGAUUAUCUUAUUCUCUCCCUUUCAAGUUUACUGUGUUUAAAACUAAACUGCUGCAAAUGUUCUCAAUGGUCUUUUCCAGCACACCCGCAUAUACAUAUAUAUACAGACACACAGUCACAUGAGCUAGUUCCCAUGACUGCUGGAUCUAUGUGUAUGCAGAAGGCUACAUAUACAUAGUUGCUUUCUUUCCUUUCCGUUGUAGCUCUUUGCCUUUCGAGUGUCAUUGAUACAUGCAUUGCUCUUAUUCUGUCUGGCAUUACAGUUGCAGUUUUGCCUCAGGGCAAAACCAGCCAUCCCAUUGCCAAAGUGGUCAACAGUAUCUGUGUUUGUCAUAUGCAGUUUUCAGGAUGAAAUGACAAAUAGCACGUCCAAGCUUCUGCCCCUCUGGAGAAAGCAGGGCCUGAUUACGCAGCUGUCCAGCUGCUGUGACUGGAGGAAGGUUGGUCCAGGAUGAGCAGCUAAGUGGUCUUCACUUCUGCCUUUACCAGAAUGGCUAGAAGAUGGGGCAUAUUAAUGCACCCCCCAAAGAACCUAUUUAAAAUAGCUCCUAUAUAUUCCCACCUCUUUAUAUUUAUGCAACUCAUCUUCACAGAUUGUCCUAAAAGAAAAUAGGUGAUGUAUGCUGUAUCCACAAAUCAUCUGUAAUAAUUAUGUUUUCCGUGCUGUGUCAUUCCAAAUAAACCUUUGGUAAUCUCUAACAAUUA